CCCCCACCCCCACCCCGCGCGGUGUCGGGGCGCUCCGGGCACCCAGGGCGGGGGUCCCCCAUCCUAAAUCCCCCCCCACCCUUUAUCCCCCUUUAUCCCCCCCUUGUUCUGGUACCGGCCCCGCCAUGUCGGUGAACAUGGAGGAGCUGCGGCACCAGGUGAUGAUCAACCAGUUCGUGCUGGCGGCCGGUUGCGCCGCCGACCAGGCCAAGCAGCUGCUGCAGGCGGCACAUUGGCAGUUCGAGACCGCCCUGAGCGCCUUCUUCCAGGAGACCAACAUUCCCAACAGCCACCACCACCACCAGAUGAUGUGCACCCCAAGCAACACACCGGCCACUCCACCCAACUUCCCGGAUGCUCUCGCCAUGUUCUCCAAGCUGCGAACCUCCGAAAACCUCCAGAGCAGCAACAGCCCCAUCACCUCCAUGGCCUGUUCCCCCCCGGGCAGCUUCAGCCCCUUCUGGGCUUCCUCACCCCCCAACCAACAGCCCUCAUGGCUGCCCCCCUCCUCACCCACAGCCCACGGUCUCCACCACCACCUGCAUCACCCGCAGCCCUCCUGGCCCCCUGCGCCUCCCCCCGGUGCCCCCCCACAGAAAGCCAUGGCCACAAUGGACAGCCAGAGAUAAGGGGGGGAUAGGGGGUGGGUGGGUGUAGGAGGGGGGGGGGGAACAGGGCCAGGGCGUUUGCAGUGGGGGGGGCUUCAUGAGAAACGCACUGGAAUCAUUUUCUAGGUUUUAUCCUUUGUUGGUUAUUGGGGGGGUGGGAUGGGGAGGUGGUGAGGGUGGGGGACACUGCCAGGAAGGCCCACACAAGUUACCAGCUGGUCUUUUCCUCCCCCUAUUAUUAUUAUUUUAUUUUGUUUUUUUUUUAAAAUAUAUAACUAUAAUAUAUAAAUAUAUCUAAUGUAUAUAAAUGCAGAAGGGCACAGGGGGCAAGGCAAGCAAGGGAAUGGAAUUGAUUGGGGGGGUGGGAGGGGGGAAAAGAUACAAACCCAAAGGGAUGAAGACAGCUGCCAGCACCCAGCCCCAUUGGGACAGCCCCCCCCCCACCUUUAGCAUGGGGUGCCUGA